CCUCCACCAAUGGCUAAGAAUCCGCCACCUGUCAACUUCUGAUUGGCUAUGUUCUAGAUCGCCCAUACACACAGCUUUAGCUCCUUUCUACUACUCUUUCAACUUCAAUAGCAUUUACACUACCAUUUGUCCCCCCCUCUCUCUAAACCAGAGAAAAAAUUUGGGAAAUUGAUCACGAGAUCAUGAGCAGCGACAGCUGGAGCCUAACGGCCAAGCCGUGCGACUCAUGCAAGGCGGUGCCGGCCACACUAUUCUGCCACACCGAUUCUGCCUUCCUCUGUGCUGCCUGUGACGGUGAAAUCCACUCCCCCGAGAACAAACCAGCUCGCCGUCACGCGCGCGUCUGCAUUUGCGAUGUCUGCGAGCAGGCGCCAGCCACCGUCACCUGCAAGGCCGACGCUGCCUCGCUCUGUUCAACCUGCGACGCCGACAUCCACUCUGCCAACCCCCUCGCCCGCCGUCACGAGCGCUUCCCCGUCGUCCCCUUCUACGACACCGCCUCCGCCACCAGAUCCCCCCGCUCCGUCGAGGAGUUCUCUGAGGAGGAGGCCGAGGCGGCAUCUUGGCUCCUGCCCGACCCGAAUAGCAAGCCUGUCGAUGAAUCCAAGUCGCCCGAGUUUAACAAGUCCACUGAGUAUUUAUUUGGCGAUAUGGAUCCGGACCCUUACCCAGAUCCGGACCUUGAUCUAAUAAUCAUGGGGCAGAAAACCGGUCGAGAUACUACUAUUAAAGGUAAUAAACAAUAUUCGGCGGAUGGAGUUGUGCCGGUUCAAACCGAGAGAGAAUUCGGGUCGGAUUUGUACCCGGGUCCAGUUGUGAAUGGGUACCCGACUUACGAUGUCGAGUACCCGGUCUCGAAGCCGUUUAUGUAUAACUUCACCUCACAAUCCAUUAGCCAAAGCGUGUCGUCUUCGUCCUUAGAAGUAGGGCUGGUGCCAGACCAUAACGCCAAUGCCGAAGCUGGCCCCGUCCCCCUCUCGAGAAUCGAGAGGGAGGCGAGGGUGUUGAGGUACAAAGAGAAGAGGAAGAACCGAAGGUUUGAUAAGACGAUCCGGUACGCCUCUAGAAAAGCUUAUGCAGAGACAAGGCCGAGGAUCAAAGGGAGAUUUGCUAGGCGGCUAGAGCUUCAAGUGGAGGCCGAUGCAUCGUACGGCGUUGUCCCGACGUUUUAGCCAUGUGCUUGUUGUGUGACAAAAUGAUAUGGGUGCUACUUGUACUUGUUUGUGUACAUAGAGGGUUGUUGUUUGCUCAUCGAUGAAUUGUUUUCAGCUAUCGAUUUUGUAGGUUGUUUCAUUUUGGUGUGAUGUGAAUAAAAGUUCUAAUCUUUUUUAAUUA